CGACAAACGAUCAGUCGAGUGUCGGUAGCCAACGUGUACGUUCACAUAAUCACACAUUGCCGUAAUGUGCACGCCGUGUUUUAUAAUUUUGCUGCUUACAUCGGCGCUGGGGUUGUCGCAGGGAGCUGAGAUAGUUGCCUCGGAAUCGCCUCACCUGUUGACCGCACGCUCGCUGCGACUGCCCAACGAUACGUAUCCCUUGAGCUAUCAGCUGCACAUUAGCACCAAUAUACAUCUCGGAGAAUGGCGCUUUGCCGGAAAUGCCACCAUAGACAUUGAGAUUAGGCGUUCGACGAACGAGAUUGUGGUCCACGCCAAGAACUUGAGCGAUAUUCAGAUAACGCUGCGACUGCUAGACAGCUCCAGGCCAGAGGAGCUGGGUGAACUUGUGGAUGAUGUUACGCACACGUACGAUCCGUAUGCCACAUUCCUUAUCAUUCAUCCGCGCGUUGACUAUCAGGCCUUCGAAGCCGGACAGCGAUAUCGACUGCACAUCUCCUACACGGGUCUGAUGAGCACACGCCCCAAAGGCCUCUACUGGAUGUCCUACGAGGAGCCGCUUAACAAUCGCACUGUUUAUGUGGCAGCCACACAAUCGGAGCCGACAUUUGCGCGGCUAAUCAUGCCCUGCUACGAUGAGCCAGCCUUCAAGUCAAACUAUAGCAUUCGACUGACGCACAGCAGCAGCCUGAUGGCCAUUUCCAAUAUGCCAGUGAAGGAGCUGGUAAAUCAUGGCGAGCUGACCACAACCACUUUCCAGACUACACCGCCCAUGUCUACGUAUUUGGUGGCCUUUGUCAUAUCCAAUUUUGACCACAUCUCGGAGACAUAUCGAGGUGUUACACAGUCCAUCUAUUCGUCGCCUACCAGCAAGGACAAGGGACGCACCGCGCUGAAGAAUGUCGUGUUGACCGUGGCAGCUCUUGAGGAUUACUUUGGGUUUAGCUACAUGCUGCCCAAGUUGGAUCACGUAGCAUUGAAAAAGAAUCAGGGUGCUGCCAUGGAGAAUUGGGGCCUAAUCACCUUCAGGGACGACAGCCUACUGUCGCAGGAUGUAACAGACAAGCAUAAGAUGUUGAAGUAUAAGGUAAUGCAGAAUCACGAGAUAUCGCAUCAAUGGUUCGGUAAUCUGGUAUCGCCCGAAUGGUGGUCAUACGUCUGGAUGAACGAGGGCUUUGCCACCUACUUUUCAUACGUCAUAACCGAUUUGCUUCACCCCGAGGACAAUGUGAUGGAAAUAUUCAACAGGGAUGAAGCGGAGCACGCCUAUAGCUACAGCAGCUUUUUUGAUGUACGUCCGAUGACUCAUUACGUGGAGACCGAGAGUGACAUUAUGAAAGUGUUCGAUAUUAUAAGCUAUAAGCGUGCCGCCUGCGUCAUCAAGAUGUUUCAUCACGCUUUCCAUCAGAAGACCUUUGUGCAGGGCAUUAAUCGUUAUCUGAAGAAAUUCCAAUACAGCGUUGUCAGUGAGCUGGAUCUGUUCGAUGCAGUUCAAGAGUCGGUCUUGGACGACGCUCGAUUCCAGCAUCAAACUUGGAAGCAUAUAGUCCGCGACAUCAUGCUAUCCUGGACGCAUAGCGAAUGGCUGCCAAUUGUCUCGGUCAUACGCAAUUAUGAAAAUAACACGAUCACCCUGAGACAGCGUUCAAUACACUCCAAGACCGAACACUGGUGGAUCCCAUUGAACUUUGCCACCGCCCAAUCGCCCAGCUUUGUGCAUACGCACGCCGAAUACUUCAUGCCACCUGUUGUGGAGCACACGUUGACUUUGGAGGAGCUGCAACUGCAGUUGGGUGGACGCGACUGGUUGAUAGUUAACAAACAGCAGACGGGCUUCUAUCAUGUGCUCUACGAUACGGACAAUCUGCAUGCCAUUGCACGCCAGCUGCAGCUCAAUCAUUCGGUUAUACACGCCAUGAACCGGGCAGCGCUCUUCCAGGAUCUGGCGCCACUGAUCGAACGGAACGAAUUCGAAUCGGUUGAUGCACUGUUCGAGCUGUUCAAGUAUUUGGAAUUCGAGGAUGAUCUGACGCCCUGGAGUCAGGUGGCCAAUACCAUAGAGUUUUUCGACAACAAUCUCUAUGGCACAACAGCCUAUUCGCUGUUCAAGCAGUUCGUGCGUCGGCUAGUUGCGCCCACAUUUCUACGUCUCUUUCACAAAGAUAAGGCAGAGGUGGUCACCAUGGAUAUACUGGUGCGUACGGAUAUUUUGAGCAUGGCCUGCCGUGUGGAUAUGCCGGAGUGCCUCGACUAUACGCAUCGGCUGGUGCUCGAGUACGUCUUCAAGGACAUCAACUUUGAGAGCGAUUAUCCAGACUACUAUGCCAUACACGAUGCCAUCUUGUGCAUGGGCGUGCGGCACUUGAGCGAUCAGGAGUUUGAAAAGUUAAUCGAUUUACUGAUUGUCACCGACCAAAAUACCGCAAUGCACGACGACUUGAUCUACUCGCUGCGCUGCACUCGAAAUCAUCGGCGCAUGCAUCACUAUCUGAAUGUAUUGGUGGGCGAGAACUUCACGUACAAUUUGCUGAAUGAAAGAGAGUCCAUGUUUUAUCUAGUCUACGUGUUCAAGUCGAAUGUGGCGGCACGAUCGAGUAUUUGGCAUUUCAUUGAUCAGAACUAUAAGCAGCUCGCCCGCUCGCCCCACUUUGUGGUGCUCUUUAACGAUAUUGCCGAAUUUGUGCCAGAGCGUCAAAGGGCCUAUUUUGCCACGUUACAUCAAAACAUUGAUAUGUAUCUGCGAGCUGAGCACCUGAAUUCGAAAGAGCCUUUGAUACCUGUCGACUCGCGGCGAGUGGGCAAAAAGAUGCGGAACAGCGAAGAGUUUCUGGAUAAAUUCGAGCACCAAAUACACAACUGGCUGCUCAAGGAACUCUCUCCAGCUGACAGCGAUGCCGCCUAUGCGGCAUCCUUCAGCGUGGGCAAUGGCUCUACUCGACCCACAAGUCUAUUGAGUGCGGCCAGCGACAUCGUUCGCAGCGCGAUAGGCGUGUAGCUGAAACCUUGUAUUAAGCAUAACAUUUAAGUCGAAAGUUAACUAAAAUAAAUGUACCUAAGUAGAACAAUAAUUAAAUUGGAAAUUCGUAUGAGCAAAUU